ACAGUUUUACUGGCACCUGAGAAUUUGAAUAUAUAAAAGGAGAGUAGGGUUUACAAUUACAAGAAUAACUAGAAAAAACAGAGCAACACCAUUCUCCAUAGAAAACAGAACAUAACCUCUGUUUUUUACAAAAUGGAUUCAAGUUCAACCUCAAUUCCAAACUCUUCCACUUCAGAUUUUUCAUCAGAAUCCUCCUCCUAUGAAUUCAACUAUCUUCCUUUCAACGAGAACGAUCCUGAAGAGAUGCUUCUCUACGGCAUGAUCAACGACGCUAACAACCUCAACAAAACUACAGUGAAGGAAGAAGAGGUAAGUUCAGAAGAGAACGAACCAAGGAAGGAGAAGUCGUACCGAGGUGUAAGGAGAAGACCAUGGGGGAAAUUUGCAGCAGAGAUAAGAGAUUCGACGAGGAAUGGAAUGAGGGUGUGGCUAGGAACCUUUGAUAGUGCAGAAGCUGCUGCUUUGGCUUAUGAUCAAGCAGCUUUUUCCAUGAGAGGUUCUUCUGCAAUACUCAAUUUUCCUGUUGAGAUUGUUAGAGAAUCGCUUAGUGAUAUGAAUUGUGAUGAUGGUUCUGAAGAUGGGUGUUCCCCUGUUGUUGCUCUUAAGAGAAAACAUUCUUUGAGAAGAAAGAUUGGUUUCAAGAAGAACAAAGAGAGAGAUUUUAGGAGCAAUAAAAGUAGUGUUGAUAAUGCUGUUGUGUUUGAAGAUCUUGGUGCUGAUUAUUUGGAACAAUUGUUGAUUUCAUCUGAUGAGUUUCCAUAUCCUCCUCAGUGAUUCAUCAAUUCAAAAAAAAAAAAAAAAAAAAUGUAAACUCCAAUCCACCAAAUUAAAUUUAUCUUUUUGUUUCAUCAAUUUUUCUUGAAUCGCGAUCGCUCGCAGUCAAGGUUCACGCAGUACUCAAUCUUGACAAUUGAUUUUGGUUCGGAUGGUUAAUAUCACACAAUUAGGUUCUUGCAGUGAAAUGAUCUUAGUCGUUGAUCUAGAUCAGAUGACAAUGGGGGUGACAAUUACAUCAGAAAAUCCAAUUCCAUUUUUUCUUUCCUCCUUAGUAUAUUUUAUUUAAUGUUUUUACUUUUUUAGGGUUAUGAAAGCCUUGGUUGUGUUUGAAUGAUCAAAAUUUGAAGAUCAUUUGAGUUUGUAUUAUGUUUCUUUUUGGGAGUCUAUAGGAGAAUUUUCUUCCAAAUACUUUUUCUUUUCUAUGUAAAGUUUAUAGAUAAGGAUUAAGGAAUGCAAUUGUGACCUUUGUGGGGUACAGUUUUUGUCGUUACUAAUUGAGGUGACUGUUGUUUUAGCUUUCUUUGAGUGUAUAAGUCAACAUGCAUAGAACAGUUUUGUACAUUGUGAA